AUGAGAUUACUCGUGGGGCUUUCAUUGUUAUCUCUCAUCUCUCCCUCCAUAUGCGUUCCUGCUGCAAACCUUCGUCUACGAACCGAGUCAACUCAAGUUGAACAACCAUUGAUCAAGCUCAAGCCCCAACAGAGCUCCUCUCGAGAACUUCUGAGCCUCGAUGGUCUGUGGAAAUUCGCUCUUGCGUCUGGUCCCAAUGACACUACCACGCCCUGGACAGCCCCAUUGCCCAAAGGCCUUGAAUGUCCCGUGCCAGCUUCCUAUAAUGACAUAUUCGUCGAUCGAGAGAUCCAUGACCACGUAGGAUGGGUUUAUUACCAACGUGAUGUCAUUGUACCCAAAGGCUGGUCCCAAGAAAGAUAUCUUGUCCGGGCUGAGUCUGCCACCCACAAAGGGCGUAUAUAUGUGAAUGACCACCUCCUUGCCGAGCAUGUGGGUGGUUACACGCCCUUUGAAGCCGACAUUACCGACUAUAUUGCUGCGGGGGAGAAGUUUCGUUUGACAAUUGCUGUCAACAAUGAGCUCACCCAUGAGACGAUUCCACCCGGAGAGAUCUCAGUGGGCAAGGCCACGGGGAAGAGAGUUCAGACCUACCACCACGACUUCUACAAUUAUGCUGGUCUUGCUAGAUCCGUCUGGCUUUAUUCAGUCCCUCGUCAGCACAUUCAAGACAUCACUGUCGUCACAGAUGUUACCGGUGCAGAUGGCUUGAUCAGCUACCAGAUCAAAGUUGCCAAUGGCACAAAUGAGCAGAUCAAAAUCGAAGUCAUAGACGAGGAUGGAAAUCUGGCUGCAAAUUCCUCUGGAGUGAAAGGCACUGUGCGAAUCCCAUCAGUCAAGCUAUGGCAGCCCGGUGCUGCCUAUCUUUACCAGUUCCAGGCCAGUGUCGUGAACUCCCAAGGCGAAACAGUCGACACUUAUAGCCUGGCCACUGGUGUGCGUACCGUCAAAGUCAGCGGGAACAAGUUCCUCAUCAAUGACAAGCCAUUUUACUUUACCGGAUUUGGAAAACACGAGGACAGCGCGGUGCGCGGCAAAGGUCAUGACCAAGCAUACCUGGUUCACGAUUUCCAACUCUUGAACUGGAUUGGCGCGAACUCGUUCCGAACAUCACACUACCCAUAUGCUGAGGAGGUCAUGGACUUUGCAGACCGACACGGGAUCGUCGUCAUCGACGAGACCCCUGCCGUGGGGUUGAAUAUCGCUCUAUUGGGUCUGUCCGACAGUGAUGCUAAAACCUUCACCUCGGAGGCUAUCAACAACAACACCCAAGCUGCGCACAAGCAAGCAAUCCGUGAGCUCAUUAAUCGGGACAAGAACCAUGCCAGUGUGGUAAUGUGGUCCAUUGCCAAUGAACCUGCCUCCCAUGAAGAUGGAGCACGGGAGUAUUUCGAGCCGUUGGCCAAGCUGACUCGACAACUUGAUGCAAGUCGCCCAAUCACCUUUGCCAAUGUCGGAAUGGCAACGUAUAAAGAGGAUCGAAUCUCUGAUCUUUUUGAUGUCAGCUGUCUGAAUCGGUACUUCGGAUGGUAUUCCGAGACUGGAGAUCUCGAGGAAGCCGAAGCAGCACUCGAAGAAGAACUGCUUGGAUGGGAGAAGAAUUUUGACAGACCCAUUGUCAUGACCGAGUAUGGGGCUGAUACGAUUGCUGGCCUUCAUUCUGUAUUCGGGUUUCCCUGGAGCGAGGAGUUCCAGACGCAAAUGCUUGCCAUGUACCAUCGAGUUUUCGACCGUGUGGGAUCGAUGGCCGGUGAACAGGUUUGGGCGUUUGCUGACUUCCAGACUAAUUUGGGUAUUCAGCGGGUGGAUGGUAACAAGAAGGGCGUUUUCACUAGGGAUCGGAAGCCCAAGGCUGCCGCACAUGGCCUCAAGGCAAGGUGGACUAAGAUGGCAGGUGAUAUCUUGGCUUAA